AGUUGUCUGCUUGAAAUAAAAACAAUUUUAAGAGUUCAAAAUAGGUGUAUUUAAGCGCUUGUUAUGCGUUAAUAUUAUCUAAUUAGUCUCUUGUUCUGUGACUUAAAUUUGUCAUUCUUUAUUAAAACACCAGGUACAACAUUUUGUAGUUUGGUUGUGAAUAGUCCUGAAUUUAACUAUAUUUACAGAUUAUUAAAAUGACGGUGCAACAAGUUACAUAUUGUUGUGAUAUGGAUAAAUCUGUCCUUAUAUCCAAUUUUGAGAAAAGGGGAUGGAUACCUGUAGGUCCUGAAGAUGACUGGAAUGUCUAUUGGUCUUCUGUUUUAACAGUUCGUAAUAUAUUCAGUGUUGAAACGGGAUACAGACUCUCAGAUAAUCAAAUUAUCAAUCAUUACCCAAAUCAUUAUGAAUUAACACGAAAAGAUCUUAUGGUGAGAAAUAUCAAAAGGUAUCGAAGAGAAAUGGAAAGAGAAAACAGCCCUUUAUCAGAAAAGGAUGAAAAUGGAAAAUAUGUGCACUUAGAUUUCAUCCCUGUGACAUUCAUUUUACCUGCUGAUUAUAAUAUGUUUGUAGAAGAAUUUCGUAAAAAUCCAUCAAGCACUUGGAUCAUGAAACCCUGUGGGAAGUCUCAAGGUGUGGGAAUUUUUCUUAUCAAUAAGCUGUCACAGUUAAAAAGGUGGUCUAGAGAUAGUACAAGUUUUAACCCUGCAGUUGUGAAAGAAUCAUAUGUUAUAUCUCGUUACAUAGAUAAGCCUCUAUUAAUAGGUGGAAGAAAAUUUGAUCUACGAAUUUAUGUAUUAGUAACAUCUUUCAGACCAUUAAAAGCUUAUAUCUAUCGGUUAGGAUUUUGCAGAUUUUGCCAUGUUAAAUAUUCUGGUAACAUUAAGGAAUUGGAUAACAUGUUUGUUCAUUUGACAAAUGUUUCUAUACAGAAGCAAGCUGAUCUUCUCUUUUCUAAUUUUUGUAAUAUUUAUAAGGAUGAAUAUAACAGUGUACAUGGAGGAAAAUGGGCAAUUCAGAAUCUGCAGCUGUAUCUGGAAGGGACUAGAGGGAAAGAGGUCACAGAUAAGUUGUUUGAUAACAUUCGGUGGUUGAUUCUGCACUCUUUAAAAUCAGUUGCUAGUGUUAUGGUUAGUGAUCGUCAUUGUUUUGAAUGUUAUGGGUAUGACAUAAUUAUAAGCGAUGAUUUGAAACCUUGGUUAAUAGAAGUCAAUGCUUCGCCAUCUUUGACAGCCACUACUGCUAAUGAUCGGGUUAUGAAACAAAAGUUAAUUGAUGAUAUAUUUAACAUAUGCUUGGAGAAUGGGGAAUAUCCAAAUGCAAAGUGGAACAAGACACCAGAUAAAUCUGCAUUGGGAAAUUUUGACAUAUUAGUAGAUGAAGAAGUAACUGUGGAAAAAGAAAGCAGUGAAAAGGAAAAUGUAAAAGCAAAGGGUGAUUAUAGCAGAACUGGUGCCAGAGCAAAAGAGAGGCACACUCCUCGCUGGAGAUAAUUAUGGCAUUUAAGUCUUAACUAGCAUUUAUAAAAGCUGUUUAAAGAAGGAAUUGUUAGCUUAUUUAAUGUAAUGAUAUUAAAGGUUUAUUUUUAUUAAAAAAUAAUUUUUUCUAAAAAAUUAAAUUAUAUUUUUUUACCUGUUUUAUUAUGUAUGUAUUUUACCAUCAUUGAAUGAAUCUGAUGUGUUUUUAAUUCUCCCUAAUUACCAUAUCUAAGGGUUUUAGUUAUUAUUUCUUCCCAGUGUAUGAGACACUUUAAUGAAUUUACGUAUCAGAAAAGAAUUCAUUAAGUUACUUAGCUUGUCGCAAAUGCAGAACAAAACAGAAAAGAAAAUUUAUAAAGCUAGUUGUCUCUUUCUAUAAUAAUAAUCAACAAAUGAUAAUAAUGAUUAUGAUGAUGAAGAUGACCAUCAUCAUUGUAUGUCACUGAUAUGAAGAGUGGGUAGUUAAAUUUAGCUUUUUUUUAAAAACUUUGUUUCUGGAACUGGAAGGAAUUUUUAAGCGAAAAUCGAAUCUUGCCUUGUACAAGUAAUACAUAGUUCUUAUAUGGACUGCUUUAAAUAAUAUUUCAUCUUAGAAGUUAUUUACAGUUUAUAGUUUAAUAUUAUAUUAGUGACUUCAGUUCUUUUGUUUAGAAAUUGCAAGCUUGAAAAGUUUAACUAAUUACAUCUUUUGCUAUAUGAGCAUUAAGAUAAUCCUAAAGUGCCGGUAUUAGGAGAAAUGUCAUAUAUUCAUGAAUUGGGAAAAAACCUGAAAAAAAAAAAAAAAAAAAAAAAAAAAAAAGAGUUAACACCUUUAAAAAAAAAAAAAAACACCUUUUACAAAAUUGAUACUAGAAAGUGUCUAUAAUCUGCUAUUUUUUUUUGAAGAAUUUUUUGACACAUUGUUAGAAUAUAUGUAUGUGGUGAUUUAAAUGUUAAUGUAGGUGUUAAUGAUAACAACUUAUAUAUAAAGAACUAUGUACAGUUCUAAACCAGAUUGAAUACGUUUUAUUAUUGAUAUCAUACUUUUGAUUUAAACACAGCUAACUAGCCACAUCAGUGAUUUUUAUUAUAAGAAGCUAUUAUUUAUUAUUUUAUUAGAUGUAUUGAGCUAUUGAUUCUUGUUGAAAGUGUGAUUCUUAGGGAUGGCUACUUAAGGUAUUUUUGAGUACAAAAUAUAUUUAUUUAUUUAGUUUUAAUAUAUAUUAAAAUUGUUUGAAUUUGUUUGCAGAUAUAGUUUUAUAUAUGAUUGAGUAGGUAGCUCAGGGAAGGACAUUCUUAAUGUUUCUAAUAAAUUAUACAGGGUGUUUAAAAAAUGGUGCAGUAAUUUUGAAAAGAUUUUUUCCAAAUUAGGGAAGAGCUACAAAUAAAAGUUGCUCAUUUUUGUGAUUAGUAGUUCUAUAUUGUAUGAAACAAUAUUCAUCAACUGGCCUCAUAAAAUUAUUAGUUGCAUUUGUCUCCAUGAUUAUUGUAUGUAAAGGUGGUUAAUUUUUUUUAACUUACUGGAAUGUAGUAAGCAUUUUACUAAUUAUUAUUUUUUUAAACUCUGCAGGAACCAUAUGAAAAGUUUUUUAUUUACAGAGCUUUCCUUACUUCCAGUGCUGAAAAUGUUUUCAUAAAAUUCUUUAUAUUAUUUUGAGAAAUCUCCUAAUUAGUAGUGCAUGUAUAGAGUCAAUAUUAAAAGAAAAUAGCUGGUAUCUAUCGUUUUCCUACCCCCUGUUUUUAAUUAUUUGUUUUUUUUUAUUUAUUUAAAAUGAUGCUAUAUCUGUUUUGUAAAUAAGACAUACUCUUAAUACUUAUUUGUAAAAAUGUUAUUGUCUUAGAUGAAAUUGUAAUAAAUGAUAUUGAUAUUAUCAUGAGUUUAAGUUCCAAAAGUUUUUGCCUUCACGCAUGUCUAAGAGAAACAAAGAAGAACUGACUGAUUUAUUUUUAAAUAUUUGCCUUAUACUUGUUGUUUCUGUUCACAUCUUUUAACUGUUGACUGAUUUGUUCACAUCUUUUAACUAGCAGUUUUGUGGCCUUAAAAAGUAAUCUGAGGAUUUGUUUGGGAAAUGUGCUAUAAUUAUUAUCCUCUCAUCAUCAUCAAUAAAUCUUCUUUCAUCAAGUUCAGAUUUAAGCUUAAUAGAUAGCAGUAAUUUGGACUAGAUAUCAAUUGUAAAGAAAUAAUUAGUCUUUAAAACUUAACGUUCCUUUAUCGCUUCUUUGGCAAUAAUAGCUGUAUGAACUGGAAUAUUAUCAUGCAGGAGACAAACUGUUUGGCUCAACAUUCCUUGUUUUUCCCUUUUAAUUUUAUUGCUUAAUUUAUGCAAAAGACUUACGUAAAAUUUUUGCAUUCAUAGUGUUCAUUUCGUGAAUAUUUUAUUCCACAUUCAUAUUUAUGUUUCAUUCUUUAAAUCUUUCAUGAGGGUCGCAUGACAAUUCCAAAAAUUUGUGACUAUGAUCUUUUUUUGUUAAUAGCUGCUCUCUUGCCUUCCUUGGUGACACAUAAUCCAGUUUUCUGCAUUACAUGGAUUUCUUCUUUGAUAAAAGAUCAUCAUACUGAAUUAUAGUUUCAUCUUCUGUUACAAUCUAAUGCAAAAUAAUUCUCCAAUUUAUGUUGUAAAGCUACAACAACUUAUUACAACAAUUGAUAUGAUAUUUUUAAAUGGCUGACAAUAGUCAGCACACACAUUUUGCAGAGAUCUUGAUCAUGUAAAAGUGCUUAUACGGAAUGCACAAAACAGUUAUUUUUGAGAGAUCUAACUUGCUACUAUUUCUCUAAUUUUUAACCUGCUAGUAUUUCUACUUAAUAUUUCUUCCUUGAUAACGGUAAGUAGUUUUCUGAUAAGAUAGUGGAUGAGUUUUUUUAUGUCAGUGCCUCUAAUUUGGUUGACUUUGAUGAGGAUAACUUAAAGUAGAUUCUUAGCCAUGCAAAAUAUCUUUGACCAUUCUUUCAUUGUCACCAGGUUUUCCCAAUAAGAGAAUGGCCAAAGAUAUUUUGCAUGGCCAAAGAUAUUUUGCGCAGCCACUUUGCCACUAGCCUCGCCCGGGGUUUGAUGCCUAGGCUGAAAAGGCUGACUCAGCAUUUCAUCCCUUGAAUGGGUCAAUAAAAUGAGUACUGAGUUUUCUUAAGGACUAAACACCUGGGAGAGGGCUGCGACACGCUGACCACUUGCCCAAGGCAUAUGCUGAUGCAUUGCAGGGCCCAAGGUCAAAAAAGCAGAUUUUGGGGCACUGCAGCCCAUGGCCCACUGGGGCUGUUACACCACUGAGUUUAGUUUUUUAUUCUUUCAUUGUAGAAUGGGGAGAAGAACUACCAUUACACAUUCGAACAUUAUUUUAUUUGGAUUUAAAAAAUUAAUCAGAAAUUUUAAAGAUUAUGCAGUAAUCAGUUUUAAAAAUUUUAGAAAAAAACUUGCAAAGCACUUUGUUCAAAUAACUGUUACAAAGUAACUAGAACGAUUAUAAUAACAAAACUUCCAAAUUACUCAUUCUAACUUGCAACUACAUGUAUAUCAGAGAAAUUUGCCGAAUGAUUUUAAAAAUGGCAGGCUAGAAACUUUUAUACCUUAUUAUGUCUAUAAUCUCAAUAUUCAGACAAUUUUUGUGAUAUUUAUUAGAAUGUAUGUGUCUUAUGAGCUAAAUUUGGUUGUAAAAAAUAUGUAUUUUAGUGUAACUCUUAACUUUAUGAUCUGUUAUCCAAGGUUGUUUGAUGAAAAACUUAUGGAAGUUGUAAAUAAAAAGUAGUAUGUUUCUGAA